AUGUUGAUAUUCUCCACCGGGACAUUUGGCUCAUAUCCCCACGACGUGAUAAUUCUCUCGGAUAUCUAUCUCAUAUAUCCACGAAUCCUUAUCCUAAAAGUUUCCUUGGCUCUCCCAGACAUCAGUCUCACUUCUCAACGACGCCUUAUCCUAAAAGCUGAAUUAACUCAACCAGAGAUUUCUCACUUCUCCACGGCGCCCUGUCCUAAAAGUUGCCUUGGCUCUCCCAGACAUCCGUCCCACUUCUCCACGACACCCUAUCCUAAAAGUUGCCUUGGCUCUCCCAGACAUCUGUCCCACCUCUCCACGACGCCCUAUCCUAAAAGUUGCCUUGGCUCUCCCAGACAUCCGUCCCACUUCUCCACGACGCCCUAUCCCAAAUUUUGCCUUGGCUCUUCCAGACAUCCGCCCCACUUCUCCACGACGCCCUAUCCUAAAAGUUGCCUUGGCUCUCAAAGGCAUCCGCCCCACUUCUCCACGACGCCCUAUCCUAAAAGUUGCCUUGGCUCUCCCAGACAUCCGUCCCAUUUCUCCACGACGCCCUAUCCUAAAAGUUGCCUUGGCUCUCCCAGACAUCCGUCCCACUUCUCCACGACGCCCUAUCCUAAAAGUUGCCUUGGCUCUCCCAGACAUCCGUCCCACUUCUCCACGACAUCCUAUCCUAAAAGUUGCCUUGGCUCUCCCAGACAUCCGUCCCAUUCUCCACGACAUCCUAUCCCUAAAAAGUUGCCUUGGCUCUCCCAGACAUCCGUCCCAUUCUCCACGACAUCCUAUCCUAAAAGUUGCCUUGACUCCCAGACAUCCUCCCACUUCCUCCAACACCCCAUCCUAAAAGUUGCCUUGGCUCUCCCAGACAUCCGUCCCACCUCUCCACGACGCCCUAUCCUAAAAGUUGCCUUGGCUCUCCCAGACAUCCGUCCCACUUCUCCACGACGCCCUAUCCCAAAUUUUGCCUUCGCUCUCCCAGACAUCCGCCCCACUUCUCCACGACGCCCCUAUCCUAAAAGUUGCCUUGGCUCUCAAAGGCAUCCGCCCCACUUCCCACGACGCCCCAUCCUAAAAGUUGCCUUGGCUCUCAAAGGCAUCCGCCCCACUUCUCCACGACGCCCCCAUCCUAAAAGUUGCCUUGGCUCUCCCAACAUCCGUCCCAUUUCUCCACGACGCCCUAUCCUGGCUCUGUCUCUCCCAGACAUCCGUCCCACUUCUCCACGACGCCCUAUCCUAAAAGUUGCCUUGGCUCUCCCAGACAUCCGUCCCACUUCUCCACGACGCCCUAUCCUAAAAGUUGCCUUGGCUCUCCCAGAUAUCCGUCCCACUUCUCCACGACGCCCUAUCCCAAAGUUUGGAUUGGCUCUCCCAGACAUCCUUGCCUUGGCUCUCCCAGACAUCCGUCCCACUUCUCCACGACGACUUAUCCUAAAAGUUGCCUUGGCUCUCCCAGACAUCCAUCUCACUUCUUCACGACGCCCUAUCCUAAAUGUUGCCUUUGCUCUCCCAGACAUCCGUCCCACUUCUCCACGACGCCCUAUGCUAAAAGUUGCCUUGGCUCUCCCAGACAUCCGUCCCACUUCUCCACGACAACUUAUCCUAAAAGCUGACUUGGGUUUCCUGGAUAUCUAUUUCCUUUCUACACAACACCUUAUCCUUAAAGCUGGCUUAGAACUCCCGGACACCUGUCUUGCAUCUCAGAUGACGCCUUAUCCAAAAUGCUGUCUUCGCUUUCCCGGAUAG